AUGCGGAGACCCAGAUCAGACAACCGUCGUCGCUACCGAGAAGCGCAGCAAGAGGAACAGUCCCUUCGGACCUCUCCCACUGAGGUUAAGGGGGUUCGGCACGGGGAGUCCGAUUCCUCGUGGGUGGAAUGCCCGGUGGGGCCCAGCAGCGCCAGCUCCUCGCUUCACCCGUCUCUGUUUCUACAGAGCCGAGCCAGCCAGGCAACCGCCGCCUCGGGGGUCUCGCUGGAGCGCUACGGGAAGCGAGCGGGCGAUGAAGACGCGGAGGGCGCCGGUGGCGGCAGCGUCCUCGGAGGGCUUGAGGUCGGGUUCCAGAGUGGCGGUGGCGGCGGUGGCGGCAGCGGCGCGAGGCUCCCUGUUUGUCGAGCUGUGACCGGGCGCAGCGGGGCCAAAGCAUCGCCCAAGCCCCUGGCCUUCUCCAUCGAGCGCAUCAUGGCCAGGUCGGGCCCCGAACCCCAAGCCGUGCCGCUGCUACCCCACUUCAUGCAAGGGGGAGGCGGGACCCCCAAAGCGGCUGCAGCCACGGCGGCGGAGCACCUGAAGCCGCAGCAGCAGCCGCAGCAGCAGCCGGCGUUCAGCCUGGGGCCCUCCAUCCCCUGCAUGAUCCCCUUCGUGCCGCUGGCUUACGAGCCCUUCGCCAAGGUGGGAUCCGAGCCCAGGAAGCCCCCCCUGGAGCCGCCUUCCUCUUCUUCCUCCGCCUCGUCCGCUCUGAGCUGCGCGCUCAGCCUCAAGCCCCAGGCCGCCGAGCCGUCGCUCAGCUUGCAGCAGCAGCCGCCCCACUACAAACUGGUUCGGCCGCGGGUGAUCAAGCACUCCUCCUUCCACGCCCUGGGCGCCCUGAGCUACUUCAGCCGGGCGGCAGAGCCGCAGCCGCCGGGCCUGAGCCUGCACCCGGUGGCUUCCUAUUUCCUGGGCUCGUCGCUGCCGGCGCCUGCCUUGCAAGACUCGACGGCGCCCAAGUCCUACCUGGCCGAGCGCAACAAGCUCCAGGCACUGCCGUCCGGACCGGAGAAAUACUCCCAGGCUGCCUUCAAGGACCUAGCACAGGCUCAGCUGCACAACGCCGCCGCCGCCGCCGCUGCAGCAGCCGCCGCCGCCGCCGCGGCUCAUCUCCUAUCUUCGGAGAAGCUGCCCUUCAAAGGGGUGUCGGCCGACUUCAGCCGCGGCUCGCCCAGCGCCAAGCCCAAGGUCUUCACCUGCGAGGUCUGCGGCAAGGUCUUCAACGCGCACUACAACCUGACGCGCCACAUGCCGGUGCACACGGGCGCCCGGCCCUUCAUCUGCAAGGUCUGCGGGAAGGGAUUCCGCCAGGCCAGCACCCUCUGCCGCCACAAGAUCAUCCACACCCAGGAAAAGCCCCAUAAGUGCAACCAGUGCGGGAAAGCGUUUAACCGGAGUUCCACGCUAAACACCCACACGCGGAUCCACGCGGGCUACAAACCUUUCGUCUGCGAGUUCUGCGGAAAAGGCUUUCACCAAAAAGGGAACUACAAGAACCAUAAACUGACCCACAGCGGUGAGAAGCAGUUCAAGUGCACCAUUUGCAACAAGGCCUUCCACCAGGUCUACAACCUGACCUUCCACAUGCACACCCACAACGACAAGAAGCCCUUCACCUGCCCCACCUGCGGGAAAGGCUUUUGCCGGAACUUUGACCUCAAGAAACACGUCCGCAAACUGCACGACAGCGGCGGGGGUGGGGGUGGAGGCGCCUCUCUGGGGCUCCCGCGCGGCGGCGGCGGCGGCAGCGACCCCGACCUACCGCCGCCGCCGCUGCUUCACCGCCCCUGA